AUGGCGCUCGCCGCUACACUCCACGUGGCCGCUGGGCAGCGAGGUGUCGGGCGAAGCGGAGUGGUGUGCGUGGAGCGCUGCGAAGCAUUGCGCGGGGUGAACGUUGCGGCGUGGCUUUCAUGGUGCCUUUUGCUGCUCCAUGCGCUCCUGCCACACAGGGAUGCAGGUCUUCGGGACGGCAACGCCAAGAUGCUUUUCUUGGCCUUGCAGGCCUUGAUGGCACUGGAGGUUUGUGCCAUCACCUUCUCUCGGAAGUGUAGCGUCGGGAACUUCCUGCAAACGGGGCUGGGCGUCUUCAUCUGUCUUUUCCGGGUGAGCACGGCCUUGCUGGUGGUCCCACUGUUGGAGAACGAGUGGCUCCAGAAGGCACUCCUCGCCGGCUGGGCCUUGUCGGACACCGUGCGCUACGCAGCGCUCGUGGGCAAAGGUGUGGCGUCCUUGCAGCGCUUGCGCCGCGCGGCGUCCACGGUGCUCUUCCCGCUGGUGGCGCUGGCAGAACUGGGGGCCCAGAUGUGCGUGACGCUGCUGGGCGUGCCCGUGGGGUCCUUCCUGUUUCAACAGAUGGGAAAGGGCGGCAAAGGCAAAGGGAAGACCACCAAGGUGUGGACGGAGCCGAAAAAGUGGGAGUCGAAGGGCAAAGGGAAGGCUUCCGAAGGCCGCUGGAUUUGGGUGGAAGAUGAGCCCUACCGGCCGAAGGGAAAAGGCAAAGGCAAAGGCGGCAAAGGUGGUAAGGCCAAAGGCAAGGGAAAGAGGAGGGCAGCUCCUUUGAAGAGUGAGUUUUGGAACAAGAAGGUGGAAGCUGAAGGACGCAAGGAGAUGGGCGACACCGUGUUGCCUGGCGUCAUCCAACGCUACAGCUUUAAACAAGGAUGGGGAUUCAUCAAGCCAGACAACUUGGCGAGCCUGCCGGGCCAAGUGAAGAAGAAGGUCAACGAAGCGGAAGCCGCCGCCGAGGCUGAGGGCAAAGAGGUGAAGGAGCGUGGCCUCUUGUACUUUCGGAAGCCUGAUGUGAACCACGAGGAAGGUUUCAAGUUGACGGAGGGCACCUCGGUGACCUUCCGAGUUUACAUCGACAGCCUCGGCGCGGGAGCACUCGACGUCUCCAUGGCCUGA